GAAAAUAAGUGGUUUAUAUUUUCAUAUCAAUAGAAAACAGAAAGGAAUAAAUAUACAAGUGAGAGAUUCCUGUCAAUGGAUAAUAGCUCUGUUGCACAUUUCCGAUUCUGACAGACUUAAAAAGAAAUCAAAGUCACCAAUAUGUUUUAAAUAUUUUGAACACUGCACAGUUCACGGAGAACGCUAUCUUUGAAGAGGUGACGAAGAGUGACAGGUUUCAAGUUCUGUUUUACUUUAAUUUAAAAUUUAGGAGAAGGGAUCGUUAAAAGCGUCCAGAACCUGUUCUUCCAUCAUCACCUAACAAUCGAUCCAACCAGAUUGGAACUGAAGGUUUUUUGGAACUGAGCAAAAGAAGAAAGAAACGGGAAAGCAAGCAGGCUUGCUUUGGUGAAUACGUUCAGUAACAAAAAAUUAGCAAUGUGGAUGUUUACUUUACUCUGGUCACACUUACUAGUGUUCACUUGUGUGCAAGCGGUGGAGAGCAGCUAUGACACAGUUGAUCGGCUUUUGUCACAGCUCGAUGCUUCUCAUAGAAAUGAAAGAAGAGAAUGGCACACUAGAACACAAACCUUGCAAGAUGAUUUGAAAAGAACAGCAUCUGAACUACUAAAGUACAUUGAGUUGCGAAAUCACAUCAGCGUUGGCAAUAAAAGAAGUCGCAACAACAAAAGAAACAUUGCCCCAAAUGACUAUUAUCGAGAUGCGAUAUUAAAAAUAUUGCAGCGAAGCGCGUACCAUACAAAUGGCGUAACAUCGAACGCGAAAUCUGCUCUUUGGGGCCAUGGUAGUAUAAAGACCACAGUGUUUCAUGGUGACGAAAAUAAGGAGAGAACUAAAGCGGACGGCCCGAGCAGUACCACUAUAUUUCAUGGGAAAAGAAACACAUUUAGACAGCAUGGUGGGGAACAAAGAGAAAUGAAUGAAGCAGGGAACCCGAGUAGCACAAGCGUGUUUCAUGGAAAAAGAGAUCUACUGCUGGAUUUUCUUGAAGGAAAUAGAAAGGUGAAGAAAGACGUUUUUGAAUCUCCAUCAAGCAGCGCGGUAUUUCAUGGAAAACGUGGGAAAUACUUGGAAAGUAUCGAGAAAAAUAUGAAUUUUGAGGAAAGGAAAAAUUUUGAUGCACUGCUUAUGAAGUUGGAAAAAGAAAUUAGAGAUAGACUUUAGGGGCUAAGAAGUGCUUGUAAAAUCGUUUUUUCUCAUUUCAAACAAUUAAUUUAAACAUAGGAGUGUGCAUGUAUAGAACUCAAUUUUUUUCUUUUUAAUGAAUGAGUUAAAUUUGACAGAUAAAACCACUUUUUUCUUUUUAAGCUCCGUAGUUUGUUAAAAGGCUGACAUACAUAAAAUUAAAAUUCAUACCGCAUUCCCUCUAAUAUAAGACCCAUCUUCUAUUACAUGAAGACAUCUCUGAAAAGGGGUUAGUAUAAGAGGGAUUAUAUUAUUCCUAGAAUGAGGUUAAUAAAGGUAAACGAAAUAAAAGUUAUGUCACAAACUCUUUUUUUCUCUAACUUUUGCUUUCACUCUAUGUAAAUGUUUUUACGUAAUAUCAUUGUCUGAGUCAA